CCGGAAGCGGGGGGCUCGUGCCGCCAUGAGGGGAGCAGCGCGCGGCGCCCUCCUCCGCGCCCUGGCCCCGCUCCCGGCCCUGGCCCCGCCGCCGCCGGCUCCCCGCAGAGGUUUUGCUGCCACUCUCGUUAGGAAGUCAUAUGAUGUCAGAAGAGUUGAAAUCACUCCCCUGGAGCAGAGGAAGGUAACUUUUGAUACCCAUGCUUUAGUGCAGGACCUGGAAGCCCAUGGCUUCGGGAAGGAGCAAGCGGAGACCAUCGUGUCGGCACUGAUAACCCUGUCAAAUGUCAGCUUAGACACAGUCUAUAAGGAUAUGGUUACACAGGCUCAGCAGGAAAUCACUUUGCAGCAGAUAAUGGCACAUUUGGACUCCAUUCGCAAAGAUAUGGUCAUCCUGGAGAAAAGUGAAUUUGCCAACUUGAGAGCAGAGAAUGAGAAAAUGAAAAUUGAAUUAGAUCAAGUUAAGCAGCAGCUGAUGAAUGAGACCGGUAAGAUCCGAGCUGACAGCAAGCUGGACAUAAACCUGGAGCGGAGCAGAGUGACAGACAUGUUUACAGAUCAGGAGAGGAAACUGAUGGAAGCAACUACAGAGUUUCAUAAAAAAGAUUCAAGUACCAACAGCAUCAUCUCAGAGAUCAGCAAUAAAAUUGACACUGAAAUCGCUUCCUUAAAAACACUCAUGGAAUCCAACAAACUCGACACAAUACGUUACUUGGCAGGUUCUGGAAGUAGACCUAAGGAGAGUGACUGCAUCAAAUACAGCUGGAGAAAGGGCCACCCAGGGAACAUCGCUUUGCCCAUCGUGUUUGCACUGUAGACAAACCAUGGUACCUUUUGAUGUUCUUACUGUGCACUAAAAAUGUUUUCUGAAUAUGUAACACUAAAGAUCAAAAUAAUUGUGGAGGAAGUAGGCAAACAGUAAUAAUUCAUCAUUCCCCCACUGAACACUGUAUUCAUUUCAGAGGACUUCUGCUGAGUCAGAAAGCGCUUCCUACUGUGGUUUAGAAGUAAAUUUGCUCUCUUUUUGGAGCGUUCUCAGUGGGCUGGCUCACACUCAGCUCCUCUCCAAGUGGCACUGUUAAAUAUUUGAUGUACCCUUGAAAUGAGAAUACUGUCCCUAAGCUAGUAUUCCAAACACAGCAAUAGUAAUGCCAGGUUCCAAGAGAUCUGCUCUGAUCCAAGUAAGCUGAUCUUAAACAUAGCACUGGGAGUUUUGCCUUCAACCUGUUCCUCACUUUUCUGAACAAAUUCAAGCCUGGCCCUUUGGGGUUUUUAUUUAUGUACCAACACACACUCCAAGGCUUUACUAAAAAGUCCUUGUUUUUCCUGAAAACUGGUUUACAUAAAUCUGAAAUCUCCUGUGGAACCAAAAUGUCUCCGUGGAUUUGGGUUUAGUAUCUCUUGCAAUUUCUAUAACUCUAGAGGUCAACAGAAUGGGAGAACUUCUCUGUCUUUGCCUUUGCUCUCAGCAGCUGUGUACGGCCCCUGGGGCAGAGAAGUGCUCUACACUCCUCCCUUCAAGUAGCACAGAGCAUUUCCAAUAAAGCCUCAUGUAUUUUCUGGGCAUAGGAUCUGGCUUGUAACCCAGAAACACUCAGCAGUGGCUGGUGCCAGUGUGGUGGUGGCCAAUCCUCCUCCCAUCUCCAGACUGCCCUGACCUCCCAUGGGACACACCAACCUCCCAACUGCUGGGGCUGACCCGCUGCCUUCUGCCAGCACUUCACACCUCCUGCCGCAGAGAUGGGACACAGCAGGUGGAUGCCUUCCGGAACUGGAGCAGUCACAUCUUGUUGAAUACAGAUGCAUAAGCUUGGGUGGAUUCUUUCUAAUAAAGUAAUUCUGUUCAAGUCUUA